AUGGCUUUUAGUUCUUGUGAAGUAUGUGGUAUGAAAGAUUAUACACUAGAAGAUGGAUACUAUUACUGUAAUGAAUGUGGCACAAAACUACGAAAUCAACGCGAAGUUCUGGAUGUAUUUAAUUCAUCUUGCAACGAUGCGGUUGUAAAUGAUGAGAAAGUGGUGGAAAAUAAAAUUAGUAGUUGGGAGCAGAUGAACUAUUUCCUGCAUGGCCUUACGGAACGGAUGGUCGAGCUGGGCGCCCCUCCGGAGCUGAAAACGACGGCUUUACAAAUAUGGUGCUCUUAUCUAAGACUAACGGAGGUUGCUUUUUUUAAUAAAAGGCAACGGCAGCGACCACGCUUGUCAUUAUUAAACCAAAAAUGGGAUAUGAAGUUCAUAUACAACCGAAUAUUACAAGACAAAAAUAAAUCCAAAAGAAAAAUGAAAAAUUUCGAUACAUCUACUAUCAGAGGACGGAAAAAGCUCAACAAAGAGGUCCUUGAGGAACAGUUUGAUGUAUUAACACAAAGUCAAAGCUCGGAUUUAGAAUCUACAUUGGAUACUUUAUCUAGUUCCAUGCAGGAAUCCUCAAAUAUACCACAGAAAUUGAUUGGCUUUCGAUUCAAUACUCGUACACGUAAAAAUCUUUCAAAAGUAUUAAGCGAGGAACAUAUAAAAUGGCAUGAAGAGGAAGCACCUAUAAAUGCAUCAUGUCAUUCCAUAACCUUCGCACCUGCUGAGCAAAACCUGAGAAAGUUGGAUGAUUGUAAUUAUGCAAACAUUCAUCGUAAGACAAUUCUUAUGUGUAUUAUAAAUCUUGCAGUUAAUCAAACACGGAGUCAGGUUCAAAUGUCCGAUAUUUGGCGUUGGAGAAUAGAAGGGCAUCUCCCUUUUCACAAUUUGAAGCAGUACCUACCAGAAGAACUGCAUCCGAUAUGCUACACCGAGACAUUAAUACAACUAUCUUGCACAAAUGUAGGAUUGGAUGAAAGUAGAUUUAUUUCAUCGUCGCUGGCCAAAGACUUGGGUAUUGUACCUAUACCACCAGAUAUGAAUGCACUCUGUGUACGAUUUUUAGGUGAACUGGCGCUUCCACUGGACUUGGCAACAUAUAUCACCAAAUUAAUCGCCAUAGCACCUCCUAUUUCCCAGAACGAGAGGAAACACUACCUUCCUAACUAUGAGGUACACGCUUUAAAGUACAUAUUGUUCAUUAUGAAGCUGCUUUUUGGCUUGGAUGGUGUAAACGAAACCAAACUAGAUUCCAGCACGGAAAUGUUCAACGAACGAAUCUCUCAAUCCAGCACCUUACCAAAAUUAUUCGUCUGGCACGAGUGGCAACGAUACGUGAAUAUGCGACGAGUUAUAUUAGAACAAGUGCAUUAUCCAACAAAUCACUGGCGUGCACAAGCCAUCGUAAAUCGCCCAUUGGACAAUGAACUUUUUCUUGAUUAUCAUGAAUCCCUUAUCGUUCCUGAUGAAGAUAACGCUACCGGUUAUCAAUCGUUUGUGACUGGGAACCGGCACGGCCCAUUUCAAGAACGACAAUUCAAAAACCUUCACACCAUCAUAGCUACAAAAGGAAUUCAAGAGCUGCAAAAGAAGAACAAACGCUCUAAAAAACACAUCUCCUUUGAUCACUCUUUGCAACCUCAACGUUCCUAUAUGGCCGAGGUGCUGAAAAUGGAAGAGGACGGCCUGAUUGAUCUCUAUAUUCCAGAAUACAUGCGAACGGAUCACUGCGAACGAGUAGUAGCGCCAUUCGUUAACCCUUUGCCUCUUAAGCGACUUAUGCUGAAGCAUGCAAAAAUUUUGUUAAAUACGAAAACAAUCAAACCUUCUUUGAAGCACAUAAAGAUGAGCCACUUCAAAGCACAAAGAUCGGACAUAGAUGCGUAUCUUAAACACAAUAAACAUACAAAUGUACUCCUAGCGGAUGAAGAUAAUUUGAAUGAUAUUGAUGCCGGUAAUGAGGAGGCCAACAUUUUAGAAUACAUAAAUGCCGCAGGCGAAGCAAAGCGCUCCAACCCCCAGGAUUUACUACACAAAGUGCUGUGCCGAAAUGUACUCGAAGACAUCGAACACAAUCUUUGUGCUGCUAUCGCCUCAGAAGACGAUCUAGACACUAAUGAAACAAACCCCUAUGUUAACAACCCUAAAACAAAUGAAAUUCUGCCCGACGAAGACAUUUGCAGCGAGUCAGCUCAGAUUGCGCUUCCGAGUUAUCAUUACUGGGUAAAUAGUGGUUAUAUCCAAGAAAUUAGUUCGGAGACCUUCGAACAAGAAUAUUCGAGUAAAUUUCCACCCAGUUUUCGCUUUUUACUACGCGAAGCAGCAUACAUUGCACAAUGUUCUACGUAUGAUUUAUAUUACGAGCUAAACGAGCUAGAAAAGUAUUUUUUUAAAGCUUACCGUCGAAUAAAGUAAUACGCGUUUGAUAAAUUACAUUAGGCUUAAAUUCGGAUUGAAAAUAGACUACCAAAAAAUAGUUAUAUCGAACAUAAAUGCAUGUUAAUUCUACAGCGAACAAUGUUAUUGUUAUUGUUAUUUAUUUAAAAACGGCCUGGCCGUAUUAAGAUUUGAAUAAUUUUUUAUAAGCUGAAAGGCAUUUCCUCCCAACAGCCGCAGAGAGCCUUAUCCCGGGCUGACUCGGCUGAACA